AUGACAUCACUGGAGACCUCAUCGCUCGCUGAAUUGCGUGAGCAGUAUGACUAUGUGGUUGUGGGAGGCGGUACCGCUGGCUUGGUUGUGGCUAGUCGGUUGACUGAGGACGCCACUGUCAGCGUCCUUGUUCUUGAGGCUGGGAGCAAUCGGGUGGAUGAUCCACGAAUUGCAGCGCCUGGCCUCGCCGCGAGUACCUAUGAUGACCCUGAAUUCGAUUGGUGCAUCACCAGUCCUCCUCAGGAACAUCUUAACGGACGAUGCAUUGCCGAGCCCCGCGGCCGAACACUUGGUGGUUCCUCUGCCAUCAACCUGGGAAUGGUGAUUUACCCCAGCCGGACCGAUCUCGAUUCCUGGGAGCAAUUGGGCAACGAGGGAUGGAACUGGGAUAACCUGUCGCAGUAUAUCAAGAGAUCGCAGACUUUCACCCCACCCUCGUCCGAAAUCAAGGAGCAGCUGUCAUUGCAGUAUAUUGAUCCGGCGGUCCAGGGUGAAUCGGGCCCGCUUCAGGUUUCGUUCGGUGAUGGGCCCUUCCCGACGUUUAACGGCGCAUGGCCUAAAGUAUUCGAAAGCCUCAACCAUCGGAUCACCGGUGAUCCAAUGUCGGGCAUCGCGAAGGGAGCGUUCUGCAAUCCGGGAUCUAUCCACCCAACAACCCGGACACGCAGUCACGCCGGAGUAACAUACUACAACCCUGAAGUGGCGAAGAGACCGAAUCUCAGAGUCGUCACAGAAGCCCUAGUGGAAAAGAUCCUCUUGGAAAAGAAGGAGCACGCUGAUGCAGUGGCUACCGGGGUCAAGUUUGUUGGCAAGGAUGGUGUUCAAAAGAUUGUGGCUGCCAAACAUGAGGUUAUCCUGGCAGCGGGCGCAAUCAAGACUCCGCACUUGUUGGAGCUGUCUGGUAUUGGCGAUGGCACCCUUCUCCGUUCGCACGGGAUCCAGCCUAUCGUGGAAAAUCCCAAUGUUGGAGAGAAUCUUCAGGAACAUGGAUUUGUUCCUUUCAGCUGGGAGGUUGCCGAAGGACAAAUGACCGGUGAGGCCCUUCGUAACCCUGAGAUUGCUGCUGGUGCAAUGGCAGCCUGGCAGCAGUCUGGCGCUGGGCCAUUGGGGCUUUGCGCAAUUGCCUCCGCAUAUAUGACGCCCCCAGAACUGCAAGAUGGCGAACUUCACUCGCUCAUCACCGAGUACCUUAAGAGCGAGACUUUAUCACCGGGAAUGAAGGCCCAGUACGAGGUGCUGCGGAAGAUGCUAGAAGAUGAGGAGGAGCCUAGUGGCCAGUACACUUUGGCCCCAUUCCAAAUCACCCCCGAGAAAGGGCCCAGCCCGAAGGGGAUCUUUGGAAUGACCGAGCCGGAAAACUUCAUCAGCAUUGUUUCAGUCCUGAACCGCCCCUUCUCUCGCGGCACCGUCCAUAUGGGAUGCUCCGAUCCGCAGGCGAAGCCGAUUUUUGACCCGCGCUUCUUCUCUCACCCCCUGGACUUGGAGCUUCACGCGCGUCAUGUGCGCUGGUUAGAGACCCUGGCUUGGACGGAGCCGAUGGCGUCUCUUCUUAAACCUGCCGGACGUCGCCUGCAAAAUUCCUCUCGAGACAUUUCUCUUGAGACUGCGAGAGAGCUCGCUCGGGAUCGCAUCGUGGCUCACUACCACGUUGCAGGUACCACUGCUAUGAUGCCGCGUGAGAAGGGCGGCGUUGUCGAUCCUCAGCUCAAGGUGUACGGCACCCAGAACUUGAGAGUCGUAGACGCUGGCAUUUUCCCUCUCAUUCCGCGUGGAAAUAUUCAAGCGACUGUGUUUGCAGUGGCCGAAAAGGCGGCGGACAUUAUUCGAGCCGACGCUAAGGCUCGGUCACACUAG